AUGGCCUCAUCAUCCCGCUCAACAGGCAAACGCCUCCCAAUCAGCUGCCAGGCCUGUCGAACACGCAAGAUCCGAUGCUCCCGCGAUGGCAGACCGUGUCAGACCUGUGUCCGCCGUGGUCUCGGCGCCGAAGACUGCAUCUACCUCGGCCAGCCCCGGCUCUCAGCUGAGCAAUCCUCCCCAGGCGACAGCGCCGUGCAAACCGAAUUGCUAGCACGAAUCAGAAACUUGGAAGCCCUACUCCAAAAACAAAUGGCGUCUCAAGCUGGAACACCCACCGGUGGCGCCGUUUCGCCACUGGGUGGGACGAGUGCUGCUGGCAGCUUCGACGGCUCUGAUAUCGGCCCCAAUUUCGAGACAUGGGACUCGAUAGGUCCUAUGCUGGGUAAUGUGGGCUCGUUGCAUACAUCGCCUUCCGGACAUGUCCGUUAUGUCCCUUUUGCUUCGCAGUGGGAAUCGAUUGUUGCUAAGAGCCCGGCGGCGGACUGUUUACGGAAUCUGGAUACGGGUAUCGCGGAAGAUGACGAUGACCUGCAGAUUCCACUUGUUAGGAAUGGGACUGUUUCGAGGGCUGAGUUGCUGGGUGUUCUUCCGCCUGGGAGGUACUGUGAUACGCUGAAGGAUGUGUAUUUCCAGGUUUUUUCCACGGUCUUUCACAUUCUCCAUGACUUGACAUUCGAGGCGGAAUAUCAGCAGUUCUGCCAUGAUCCUGGCAGUGUCUCAACAUCAUGGCUGGCGUUGCUAUUUGCGAUUCUUGCUAUAGCGGUAAGCGCCCUCGACGACGAUCACCCCCUUUUGGCAGAUCUAGGGCGCGAGAGAACUGUUAGUCGGAAUAUUAAGGCACUCUCGGCACGAUAUCGAUCUGCUGCGCUGCGAUGUCUAGCUGCAGAUGGUGUCAUGUCUCGGCAUUCCAUCAACUCCUUACAAGCUUUAGUACUUAUCAGCUACGCACGGCUGAACCGAGGUCUUCCUGUUUGGACAUUGCUCGGAUUUACACAGCAUGUUGCUAUUUCGAUGGGUUGUCACCUCGAUCCAGAGCGUUUUGCCCUAGGUCCCAUCGAACGCGAGGAACGCCGACGGGUCUGGGCCGGACUGAUGAUGCUUUACACUAUCCAAAACACAUCGUUUGGCAGUCCUGACCAGCAAAUGUUAUCGCAAGACGUGAAAAUGCCCGCAGACAUCGACGACGUCGACCUCUUGACUGGAUCCAAUACUAGAUUGGCACCGUCACCCUCAAUAUCUCGCCCAACACAAAUGACCUAUCUCCUCUUCAAUUACCGCCUCUACAAGAUCACUUCUAAAAUCACCGAGUCAAUAUUCAGCUAUCCCCACGCCUCACAAUUCACAGUAUCGAACCUCGAAGCCGAACUAAUAUCCGUACGAGAAUUGUGCGAUUCCCGCUACCAGGUUGACUCGGAACCUCUGCCCAUUCAUCACCAGGCAAACCUCCACAUUCUUUAUAGCCAAAUCCACCAACUGGUCCUCCUCCUCUUCCGUCCGAGUCUCUGCCGCUAUCUACAAGGCGAAAUUACACCCGAAACCUGCGCCGCAAGAGCAAAAUGCAUCGCUUCCGCAAAAGCCUUGCUUUCGAUUUUCCAAGCCCUCCUCGAAUCGCCACAAUUCAAACCAUACAAAUGGUAUACCAGCGGCCUAGGAAGCUUCCACGCUUUCCACGCUGCAGUGACCCUGGCAGUAAUGCUCCUCGUCCCAGAGAGCCUGGCCGAAUAUGACGAAAUGAAAGAGCUUCUCGACCGAGCACUCGACUCAUUCGCUUCCCUCUCAGUCCGCAGUGUCUUCUGCAGCAAAGCUGUACCCAUUCUCCGACAAAUUCUCGACGUCGCAAGCACAAACCACAACAACCAAAAGUCCCACUUCCAAUCUCACUCCCAAAUCCAUCUCCAAGCCCAAGCCCAAGCUCAAGCCCAAGUCCAAGCCCAAGUCCAGGCCCAAAGUCAAACCCCAAUCCAAAUGCACAACCAAAUGCACAACCCCCUCCUCACAACACCGAUCUCCACCCUCUCAGCCCUCUCCCCAUCGAUCCCAAUGCAAGACACAUACGUCUUACCACACCAACAACAACACCCACACCCACAAUCCCACUCCAACUCCGGCUCCCCAGUCCCAACAGUGGUAUCCUCAGCCAGCGAACCAAUCAUGCAUUCCAGUUUCGGCACCCAGCUUCACCCCCAGAAUUGGAUGGGUCCAACCUCUGUGCCGUGGGACGCAUUGGGCACUGUGGUGGGGGGUUAUGCAUUUGAUGCCAGAUCUUAG